AUGAAGCUAACAACACUCUAUCUGGGAAGCUUUAUUGGUUUGGGGCUGGGUCUUUGGGUUGGUACUGUUAGUUCUUCUCUGCUGCUAGUCGAUGAGCAGCCGCCCACAUCGUCAAUAGGGACGCGGAUGCGUCUUCUCCGCCAAGUGGUCCAGCCUUCCUGGCUUAUGCAACCCGAGUUCCAGAACGCCCCACCCAUCGAGGUGCGAGUAACGCCUCAGAACCUAAAGGAGACGACGGUCAUUCGUGAAGAAAUUCAAAAGGCAGUCAAUGAUGACACCUAUGUGGUUGCUUCGAAUCCGCUUCAGUUGCAAAGUCUCCUGGCACAGUUUGGCAGUAAUUUACCGUCAAUGUCAAUGCCCAUGUCCUUGCCACCGCUGACCUUUCCACGACUGCCACUUGCACCGUUUACAUUGCCACCCCUGCCCGGCUGGCAAUGGCCCAAUCUGUUGGGCCAGCAACAGCAGCCUCAAGAACACAUGUUAUUCGGAUAAUAAAGCUCCAACUGUUUAGUUUAUUGAUGAAUUCCAAGAGUAUAAUAAAUAUGCAUUUACAAACUUA